AUGUUUCUCCAGAAGACAGUUCAUCAGAUCAGACCGGUUUUCGGAAGGUUAUUCCAUUCGUCAGCGCUACUUUCAAAUAGUUUUGACACGGUCCAUAUCAAAAAUACCAGUCACUUUCGGAGUCUGUUGGUCGAAAAAGGGGAUUUCACACCUCAGCAGGCAAGUGCAGUGGUCAACAUUAUGACUAACGCUCUUCAAGGUGGGAUUGCCCAUGUGUCGCAGGAUUUGGCUUCCAGAGAAAAGCUAAUCAAAUUAGUUUAUCAGCAGAGGGUUGAUUUCGCCAAACUGAGAGAUCAACUUCUUUCCGCAGAUAGAAGCGAAUUCCAUGCUCUGCAGAACGAAUACGAAGGGAUUCGCAACGAUCUUGAAAAAUUGCGGACAAAGUUGCGAGAGGAGAUUACUAAGGCCAAUGCUGGCUUCAAACUAGAUCUUUCGCUAGAAAAGGGUCGCAUAAGGGAGGAAUCCAGUCAUCAUAACAUGCAGAUCAAGGAGAUAGAUACUCGUAUCGAGCAAGAAGUGAGUAACAUGAAAAUGCAGAUUGACUCGGUUAAGACGCAAGUGAUGCAGUGGCUGAUUGGUGUCUGCACCGGUACUUUCGCGCUUGUGCUGGCGUAUGUUCGUCUUCUAGCAUAG